GGACAAGCCACAUCCUGUUCUGAGUGCGGGAAAUGUUUUUCACAGAAGUUCCAUCUUUACAGACAUCAGAGAUCUCACACAGGAGAAAAACCAUAUUCCUGUCCUGAGUGUGGGAAAUGUUUUUCAGUGAAAUCCAGUCUUUCCAAACAUCAGAGAUCUCACAUGGUGGAGAAACCAUAUACCUGCCCUGAGUGUGGGAAAUGUUUUGUACAAAAAUCAGAACUUGUCACACAUCAGAAGUUUCACAUGGAAGAGAAGCCGUAUUCCUGUUCUGAGUGCGGGAAGUGUUUCAGGGUUCAUUCCAAACUUAAGGUGCAUAAAAGAUCUCACACAGGUGAGAAGCCGUAUUCUUGUCCUGAGUGUGGGAAAUGUUUUUCACAGAAAUCUAGUCUUAAAAUACAUCAGAGAUCCCACACAGGGGAGAAGCCAUUUUCUUGUUCUGAGUGUGGAAAAGGUUUUGUACGAAAAUCAGAACUUGUCACACAUCAGAUGUAUCACACGGGGCAAAAGCCAUACUCCUGUUCCAAGUGCGGGAAAUGUUUUGUACGAAAAACAGUACUCGUCAAACAUCAAAGGUCUCACAUGUAA